CCCCUCUCCUGAGGGCUCUGAAGGAGGACGAUGGAACCCUGCCUGUCCCUCACAUCGACUGCCAUCACACGGGCCGCCUUCAGCGCACAACCCCUACAUCGCUUUGCUGUCACCUUUGCUCCCGUAUCCUGUCGUGACGCGAUUGCAAAGCCACAGUAGAAAAACAUUAAUUAUCCGACGUUUCAGCGCGCUCCCGGCCCCGCCCGGACGGCGCUGACAGCCGUGGGUAGGCGGGCGCAGGCAUAGCCCUCAGGGCUCUCUCCCGUCCCGCCCUGUCCCGUAAGAUGGCGACGCGGGUGCUCCGCCUGCGCGGCCUCCUGCGAGCCGCCGGCUCCCGCUCCUUGUCCGCCCAGCCCAGUCCUCUGCAAACAGAACAGCAUGGCACAAAGCGCCUGGAGCCAUCUUCAGCUAAAACUUUGAUUGAUAUAGGCACUCGGAGGAUCUUCUCAUCAGACCAUGAUAUCUUCAGGGAGAGUGCCAGGAAAUUCUUUCAGGAAGAAGUGCUGCCUUUUCAUGCAGAAUGGGAGAAGGAUGGCCAAGUGAGCAGGGAGCUCUGGGAAAAGGCUGGACAGCAGGGUUUGCUGGGUGUUGCUAUUGCUGAGAAACAUGGAGGCAUCGGAGCUGAUAUUCUCUCUUCUGCCAUCGUCUGGGAGGAGCAGAUGUAUGUUAACUGUACAGGCCCAGGGUUCAGCCUUCAUUCAGAUAUAGUCAUGCCCUACAUCGCAAACUAUGGCACUGAAGAACAGAUUAAACACUUUAUCCCCCAAAUGGUUACAGGCAAAUGCAUUGGAGCUAUUGCCAUGACAGAGCCUGGGGCUGGCAGUGACUUGCAGGGAAUACGGACAUAUGCAAAAAAAGAUGGGAGUGACUGGAUUCUUAAUGGGAGUAAGGUGUUCAUCACUAACGGGUGGAUGAGCGACGUGGUGAUCGUGGUGGCGGUUACAGACCGGGAGGCGCGGUCCCCUGCUCACGGGAUCAGCCUCUUCCUGGUGGAAAAUGGAAUGAAAGGCUUCAUCAAGGGGCGCAAGCUGAACAAAAUCGGCCUGAAAGCUCAGGAUACAGCAGAGCUGUUUUUUGAAGAUGUGCGGUUGCCAGCCAGUGCCUUGCUUGGAAAAGAGAACAAAGGCUUCUACUAUCUGAUGGCAGAGCUCCCUCAGGAAAGACUCCUAAUUGCUGAUAUGGCUCUUGCUGGCUGUGAAUUCAUGUUUGAAGAAACAAGGAAUUAUGUGAAGCAGAGAAAAGCUUUUGGGAAGACAAUUGCUCAUUUGCAGACAGUACAGCACAAGUUGGCUGAAAUAAAAACUCAGAUUUGUGUGGCCCGAGCUUUUAUGGACAACUGCUUGCAGCUCCACGCAGAUAAACGCCUGGACUCUGCCACAGCCUCCAUGGCAAAGUAUUGGUGUUCUGAUCUCCAAAACAGCAUAGCUACUCAGUGUGUACAAAUGCACGGAGGAUGGGGGUACAUGUGGGAGUAUCCAAUUGCAAAAGCUUUUGUGGAUGCCCGUGUUCAGCCAAUCUAUGGUGGUACCAAUGAAAUAAUGAAAGAACUGAUUGCUAGAGACAUUAUCAGUGACAAGUAGGGCAGAUGCUCACUAUGCAGAGUCGUGCAAAAUCCUUUUCUAUAUUAGCAUAUGGCAUAAAAUCAGACAUCAGAAUGUAAGUAAAAUAAAUGUGCUGUAUGAUCUUCUAAAUUUAAAGGAAGAGACAUUUAGAGCACAUGCUCUAAUAACAGUAAUAAGUGUGCUCACAUGCAGGAUAUUUAAUAUUUAAUGAAUAUGUUAUCUUUGUACAGCAUGGAGUACUCUGGGUGUUGAGAGUUGCAGUAGUGAAAGGCAAUUUUAUCUCUGGAGCGUUGAGUAGCUUGGUCUUGGGACUUGAACCCAUUGUGUUGAAUCUAAACCUCGCUUUUCAGAAUCAAAUCUCGAGAGAAGCCAUAUUCUUAACAAAUAAAAUUAAAUAUUAAUGUAACUUUGAAUGUGUAUUUCCCCUUGAGAAGUAGAACUUGACACUCUUGCUGUUGUUGCCAUCCACCUGCUCACUGUACAGCAGCCACCUGCUGUGCAGCUUAGCUCUAUGUUUACAUCUAACCCGGAAUGCCUUAUUUUAAUUACUUUGGUCAAAUAAACAUAAUAAAGCAUUUCUAUGCAAUCGCA